AUGAGCAACCAAAAUGCCGGACCGGACCAUGGGUCACCCGAAUCAAAUAUUGACAUGUCAGCCAGUUCCUCCGACUCAGACUGGCCUGACGAUCAUGAACAUGGAUUUGAUGGGAGUGUCGAAAGGAUAUGGAAGCGUACCACGAAGCCAGUUGCGGCAAUCUUCGUCCAUGCAGGUGCAGGGUACCAUAGCGUUACGAAUGAAAAGGUUCACUUGGAAGCAUGCAGCGAAGCCUCCCGCGUCGCCAUGAGGUUCUUGAAAGCCGGCGCUUCUGCUCCCGAGGCCGUCGAAGCCGCUAUCAGGCAUUUGGAGGACAAAGAGAUAACGAAUGCCGGCUUCGGAAGUAAUCUCAACAUGGAUGGGGUUGUCGAAUGUGACGCAACCGUAGUCGACCAUCUGGGGAGAAGUGGUGCUUGUGGCGCUGUUCCUGGUAUCAAAAACCCCAUCUCGCUUGCCAAGUUGAUUCUGGACAGAAGUAGCCAGCCUCUUUCUCUCCGCAGAGUACCGCCAAAUAUUCUCGUGGGCCUAGGAGCUAGGGACUUUGCCGAAGAACACGGGAUGGCCACCGUACCGAACGAGUACCUUAUUUCCAAGAACGCAAAGGAUCGUUUUCUUCGCUGGAAAGAGGACCUGAAAAAGGCGGAAGCGAGACAGAUCACCCCAAGUAGUAGCUCCUCUCAUAUUACACAAGCUUCUCUGAGAAACCUAGAGACGCAUCGCCCGUCGCCAACGCCGAGUGAUUACGAAAAAGCCGCGGAAUCCCUAAACGCCUCGAGUUUACGCCGGGACCACUCAAGUGCGAUUCUGACUGGGAUCUGGAACGAGGGCCAACCCGACUCGCCGUAUGGUAGAGGGUCCCCUUUACUGGGUGAAAAUGGAUCACUUGGAAGUGUUCCUUCAGCAACACCUCGCCCGCCUCAGAGAAGUCUUACAAACGGAAGCAAGCCAGUCGAUCGAGCUGCCAUGAACUACGUGUCAGCUACAUUUCAGUCACGCGCCACUACUGGCAGCCCAGCCGCUACAAAGAGGACAGUGGUACGAAACAGUCACAGUGAAGAUAUUGGCUAUUUCCCGGCUACUGGGAAAACCCCGAGGAGAUCUCCGUCAUUGUCAACUCGUGAUGGGUUUGUGAGCGAAAAGGAAGAACACGAUCAGAGUCUAAACACUAUGGGAAUCCAAUCGGAGGAACAGUUACUUGCGACCGCCCAGAUCAGUGGCCCGAUACCUUCGAAUGUACCGGAGCAAAAGGAGGACGAAGAUCUAAUAACUGACACCGUCGGCGCAAUUGCCAUUGACCUAAAGGGGCGCAUCGCCGCAGGUUCCUCUUCCGGCGGCAUCGGCAUGAAGCACCGUGGUCGCAUAGGUCCUGCUGCUCUCGUUGGAAUCGGAACGGCCGUGAUCCCUGAGGAUCCCGACGACCACACGGGCACCUCGGUAGCCGCCGUCACCAGUGGAACAGGCGAGCACAUGGCUACAUCGAUCGCCUCAGCGAAAUGUGCAGAGCGGCUGUUUGAGAGCAGCCGCCGCGGCCUUGGAGGACACAGCAUAUCGGAAUUAGAUGAGCAUGCGCUGCUAGAGGCUUUUAUUCUGGACGAUUUCAUGGGCCAUCCGGGCGUCAAGAACCAACCGUCGGCGGGUGCAAUCGGAGUCAUGACUGUCAAGAAGGAUCGGACAGGGUACUACUUUUAUUUUGCGCACAACACCGAUUCUUUUGCACUAGCUAGUAUGGCAUCAACGGAACGAGAGCCGAGUGUUGUGAUGUCGAGGCUGGGAGAGAUUGGGCCGGUGGCUCAGGGUGGACGCAGGAUUCGGAUUGAUUGA